UUUUACUAACAGCCUGUAGGACCUCUCUCCCUACCGCUGCCAGGACAGUGAGACUGCCCACAGGACAACCACCACAGAGACACCAUGAAGAGCCUGCUCCUUCUCACCAUUCUGGCUGCCUUCACAGUGGCAAUUUUGUGUUACGAAUCUUAUGAAAGCCUGGAAUCCCAUGAACUUAGUCCCUUCUUAAACAGGAGAUACGCUAACAGCUUUAUAUCCCCACAGGAGAGAUGGAGAGCUAAAGCCCAGGAGAGGGUCCGAGAGCUCAGGAAGCCUGCUCAUGAGCUUAACCGGGAAGCCUGUGAGGACUUUGGGAUUUGCGAACGCUAUGCCAUGCUUUAUGGAUACAAUGCUGCCUAUAAUCGCUUUUUCAGGCAGCGCCGAGGAACCUAAUGAAAUUGGAGAAGGCCUCCUUCAUUCUGGGGCCUGGGGCCUGGUUUACUAUGCCCUUGCCUUUGCAUCACUGAAACAUAUAGAAGUAUACACAUUGCUUGUUUCCUACAUGUUCUCUUGUCCAGUUUCACCCCAGCCCCCAGAAUAUUUGAUACGUAAUGAAAAUGCAGUGUGGUGGAGGGCAGAGGGGGUGAAGAUGUGUGAUUAUUACAUAAUAAACUUCUGAUUGAAUA